AUGAUGAAAGGGAAUUAUUCAUAUGAACGACAUGGGCCACAACAUUUUAAUAUAAAUAGCUAUGGCUCUAGAAUAAAUAACAAGAAUAAUAAUAAUAAAACAGAUAAAUAUGAUUAUUUAUAUUACAACGGAAAAACAAACUAUGGAUAUUAUAGAGAAGGUAACUACUAUUUUAAUGAUGAAGUUAAUUAUAAAAUAAAAAAUAGAAUAAAUAAAUAUGAUUAUUCAUAUGAUAAUUAUGGAGAAUAUCGAUAUUUUAAAAAUAAUAAUUCAAAAAAUGGAAAUGAAAAAAAAUAUUAUCAUUAUUAUAAAGAUAAAUAUAAUAAAAAUAAUUUAAACAGUAACACACAUUUUGAAAAAAUAAAUAGUGACAAUAAUAUGUCAAAUAAACAAAAUAAAAGUAAUGAAAAUAAUUCUACUAAAAUUAAUGAAUUAAUAAAUAAUAUAUAUUAUAAGACUUCUUAUUAUUUAAAAAAAAAUCGAAAAUAUUUAAAUAAAAUACUCCAACAAAAUUAUGAAAUCAACAUUUACCUUGUAAGACAUAUGGAAGCACAACAUAAUAAAAAACAUGUUGAAGAUUUAGAUACCCCAAGAGAUUUAAUAUAUAAACAACCUAUUUAUUUGGAUAGUGUAGCUACUGAAGAUGGAAUAAAAAUGUGUGAAACUGUAAGGAAUUAUCACCUGAACGGUACAGGUAAAAGUGGGUGCAAUCAAAUGCAUGAUAUAUAUUAUAAAGAAAUAAUUCAACUAUACAAUGAUUAUGUUGAAAAAUGUGAUAAAGAGCAACAAAUUAGCAAAGAGAAUGGCAAAGAGAAUAGCAAAGAGAGUGGCAAAGAGAGUGGCAAAGAAGGUAGAAAGGAAAAUAAAAAAGGAGUGUUCGAACGAAACAACAAUUUUGUUAUAAUAUCGUCUCCUCUAAGAAGAUGUUUACAAACAAUGAAGUAUUUAUUUAAUUUUAAAAAAAAUAUAGUUAUUUAUGAACCAGUAAGAGAAAUAUCGGGUAGUUAUAUUACUGAUCAAAGAUCAAAAACAUCUGAAGUUAAAAAAUUUUGUGAUAAUAAUUUUGAUGAGUAUGAAUUAAUGUGUUUUGGUGAAGAAGAUAUUAUGCAUGUAGAAAGAUUUAGAGAAUCAUCUUGCCAAGUAUAUUUCCGUUGUUUACAGUUUUUAAAGUUUGUACAUUCGCUAGCUAUUAAUUAUUUUGCAUCUAUAGAACGUGAAAAUGAUUCUAUGAGUUUAGAUGUGAAAGUAGGAAAUACUAACCAAUCCAGUAUGAAAAAUAAUGAAGAAAAACAAAAUUCGGCUCAAAAUUCGGCUCAAAAUUCGGCUCAAAAUUCGGCUCAAAAUUCGGCUCAAAAUUCCGAAAUCGAUGAUCAUAUAAAUGACAAAUGUAACAAUGAAGAGAUAUGCACAAAAAAAAACGGAAAUAAUAAAAAAGUUUUUAAUAUAGUUGUUGUAUCACAUAGUUCCUAUUUAUUACAUCUUUUAGCGCUACUUGAUUAUCUAAAUUUAGAUGAUAGAAAUUUUAAUAAUUGUGAUAUUAGAAAAAUAACAAUACCCUUAACUAAUACAUUUUUAUUUUUUAAUAAUAUAAUUAACUUACAGCUAGCUAAACCAGUAAUAUCAAAUAAUAUGCCUUUAUGUUUUAGGGAUAAACAAAAAAAUGUUUUGAAAAAAACUUAUAAAGACAAAAAUAUAUACACACUAAAUAAUAUAAAUGAUUUAGAUGAUAUAAUUUGUGAAAGCCCUUGUACAAUUAUUAUAUAUCAGUAUAAUGAAUUAAUAAAAAAUCAAAAUAAUUAUAAAAAUUAUUUAGAAAAGAUCAAAAAUUUUAUAGAUAAUAAUAACAAGGAGUUUCAGUUAAAAAACGGGUAUUUUUCCAAUGGAAUGUAUAAAAAAUAUGUUUUAAAAAAAGGGAAAAAUGAUGAUAAUAAUAAUAAUGGCGAAAAUAAUAUGCACAAUUUAGGUCGAGAUAUUCUAAUUACCGAUGCAAGUGAACAUCUCAGCUUUUCCGAAAGGAAACAAGCAUGGGAACUUAACAAAAAGGGAUAUAUUGCAGGGCAAAAUGUAAUAUUAAUAGUAUUACCUGAUGUUGAAAAUGCACCCAAAAAAACUAAUGCACCAAAUAAUAAAGGAAAUGAAACGGAUAUCGACACCAAAAUAAAUGAUGAUGAUGAUAAUAAUGAUAAGGAAGAUCUCGGUUCUCUAAAAAAUGUUACUAAAAUUAUAGACAAUUAUGAUAGUGUUCAAGAUUUAAUAAAAUCACCAGAUUUUUGGAUAUCUAUAAAAAAAAAUAUACAUAAUAUAAAUUUAAAUUCAUUUCAUGAAUAUAUAAUUAAAAAAUACAACAAAAUACUGAUGACAGAAAAUGAAGAUUUCUGUUAUAUCGAUUUAGUAGCAUCACUUGAAAACAAAAAUUUUAUUAACAAGUAUGGAAAUAUGUUUAAUGGCUAUUUUAAAAAAUUAAAAGAAAAAUAUAAUAACAACAAUUCAUUAUUAGAUUUGGAAAAAGAAUGUAAGUAUAUAAAUGAAAAUUUAAUUAACAAAAUAUUUCCUCAUGAAUAUGAAACAUCAAAAGAUGAAAACGAAAAUGGAAAAGUUUUGACAAAUUUAACCUCACCGAAAAAUACUUUAAAUAACCAUGAUAAGAUAAAUAUUGUAAAAAAAAAAUUUAUUUAUAUACCAAACAAAUAUAAUGAUAAAAAUAAAAUGACAAAACAAAAAAAUAAUGAUAGUUAUAAUAUUAGUAAUAAUAUUGUUCCUAAUAAUAAAACAUUUGUUAUGGAAAAUAUUAAAGUUUUAAAAUCGUUUCCUCAAUCUAUUCAAAAUUUAAAUGUAGAAAUGUUUUAUCGUGAUAAAUUUUUUUAUUUUAAUUGUCUACAUAAAUUUAUAAAAAGUAAAAAUAAAAUUGAAGGUUUAGUACUAGCCAAAUUAUUAGCAUUUCUUGAUUUGCUUAAAUCAUUUAAUUUUAAUUCUACUAAUAAAAUAUUUCAAAAACUUACAAAAUUAGAUGAUGUUAUUUAUACAAAUACAAUUGAAGAUUCAUCACAAAUAGUUAACACAUAUUCAUGUGAUAAAAAACCUGCACCUGUUAAUAAUACUUUCUAUUUUUCAGCAUCCGCUAAGAAAUACAAAGAUAUACAGGCACUAAAGGGGCGAAAAAGGGGAAUAGUAGACGAUUUAAAUUAUAUAAGAUAUAAUAUGUUGACAAUAUCUGCUGGUGCUGAGAAUGUAUAUAUACUAAACGUGCUUAGCUGA